CUCUCUGUGCAGUAGCACAAGCUCUGUCACUAGAGGGGGAGAUGCACCUGUUCCGCAAGCCUGCGUUGUCAGUUCAGCUGCCGGCUGGUCAGCUCGAGAGGUUGCUAUAGGAAAAUGCAAAUCCUCUGCUUUCAUCUUCUCCCAUUGGUCCGACACACCUCGAGGUGGGCGGGUCGGAUGCGUGAUGUCUUUUAAAAGUGCACAUUGCCUUUCCCAGCGUCUUAGUGAAACUGCUUGCUUGCGCUGCACCGCAGAACUCAAAGUAACGACUAUCUGCCCGAUAGAGAAAACAAACUGUGACAGGAAUUUAUCGCCUCACGCACACACACACACACACUCAUCUCUCUCUCACACACGCAGUACACAAGGCUCCCAGAGUGAAGGGAAGGACGGCGAGGACCGACGCAAGGUUCCCAGAGUGAAGGGAAGGACGGCGAGGACCGGAGCAAGGUUCCCAGAGUGAAGGGAAGGACCGUGUACCGUAGGGACGGGCGCAUUCGUAAGUAAAGCGCAACCUGAUAAAUCUGGACUGACCAUUCAGAAACUGGACCACUUUCCAGUGUCUUAACACCACUUAAGGAAAUAUCUAUUUUUAAUAUCUACACCUAUUUUUUUGAUUGUAAGAACUCUGAGAACGUAUUUUCCUCCGAAACAUUCCAUUGUGGAUUCCUGCAGAUGCAGAAAGUGACUUUGGCACAUGUUUACGCAUCUUUUACACGUGCGUGUCUCUUGUCCUGGGCUGUCGUGGGCCCGUGUCAUGUGUGGAAAGUUUUAUUCUGGUCCUGUGUAACACAUGCUGCAGUAACUUCAACCGCGAGCCUGCUGCUUUCUCACCCUCUAAUGACUGUAGCAAACACUGUCCUCGCGCCAGUGGAGGCGAAGAAGGAUACAGUAAAAUACUUGACCACAAUAACACCAGAAAAGGAGCAGCCAGAACAGUAGAGAAUAUACAAUCCAUCUACAGUGCUGCUUGCUUUAUCAUCUGCUCACUCAAGGACAUUAAAUCAGAGGACGCGAGCAGGUCCAGAGGUGAAGCGAGGACAAGACAGGUUGGUGUCGACAAAUUUCAUCGAGGGCUCCAGUUUCAACCGGCCCUGGCCCGUGGUAUUAAAGCGUGCAUUUGACCUGGGAUAAGUUGUCAACAAGAGAAGCGGCGAACUGGCAGGUGUACAAGUUCAUUUACACGCUUACAUAUGCGCCGCUAUAAAUAGCAGUUGUUUUAAGGACUAGCAGCUUAAUACGAAGUAGUCUACUCCCCUCUUCUAUCCAAUCUCACAACCCCACGCAUAGGGACCGGGCGUGUGUGUGUGCCUAUAUAUACGCCACACAGACCUCUUCGAUUCGAAGAAGCAAUCUGCAUCCGCGAGGACUGCCCGUUGUCCUGCCCGGUGUCGGUUUGGCUGUGAGGGCGGGAGUCGUCGCAUGGACUGACAUGGCCACCGACCUCGCCAUGAGCGCAGAGUUGCCCAAUAGCCCCCUGGCCAUCGAGUAUGUCAACGACUUCGACCUUAUGAAGUUCGAAGUAAAGAAGGAGCCUCCAGAGGCUGACCGUUACUGCCACCGCCUCCCCCCGGGAUCCCUCUCCUCUACCCCUCUCAGUACGCCCUGCUCCUCCGUGCCUUCCUCGCCCAGCUUCUGCGCCCCCAGCCCCGGUGGCCAGUCGGGCCAAAACCUGGCCAACGGCGUCAACAGUAGCAACAACAGCGGAAGCAGCAACCCCCAGAGCUCGGGCGGAAAGCCCCACCUGGAGGACCUGUACUGGAUCCCCAACUACCAGCACCACAUUAACCCCGAAGCGCUCAAUCUGACCCCCGAGGACGCCGUGGAGGCACUCAUCGGCAACGCCCACCACCACCAUCACCACCACCAGGGCUACGAGGGAUUCCGCGGCCAGCAGUAUGUAGGGGAGGACCUGACCACGGCCUCGGCCGGCCACCAUCACCAGACCCACCAUCACCACCACCACCAUGGACACCGCCUCGAGGACCGCUUCUCGGACGACCAGCUGGUCAGCAUGACGGUGCGCGAGCUCAAUCGGCAAUUAAGGGGGUUCAGCAAAGAAGAGGUGAUCCGCCUGAAGCAGAAGAGGCGCACGCUUAAGAACCGGGGCUACGCACAGUCCUGCCGCUACAAGCGGGUGCAGCAGAGGCACAUGCUGGAGAGCGAGAAGUGCACGCUCCUGAGCCAGGUGGAACAGCUGAAGCAGGACGUCGCGCGCCUGGCCAAAGAGCGAGAUCUCUACAAGGAGAAGUACGAGAAGCUCGCGAGCCGAAGCUACAACGGUGGCGGGCCCGGUAACAAUAACAGAGACCCCUCUAACGGAAACCACGGGAAACCGUCCUCCACGGAAUUCUUCAUGUAAGAGACUGAAUCAUGGCAUAAGACUUUUGCCCCCUUCAAACUUAUUUAAAUAUUUUUAAUGACUAUUAUUUGUAUUUUUCUCAGUUUACAUUUUUUUUAUUACAGUUAUUCCUUUUGGGGGGGGGGGGGGGGGCUUAUCAGUGUACAUUUUAAAUGUACAACAUAACAUAAUGCUUUAUAUUUAUUUAAAGAAAUAAGCAAGGUGGAUGCGCACAUACAGUAAGUAAACAAUGUACGCAGAUAUAAUUGUUGGAAGUCUUAAAGAUUGUGUUUUGGAUUAACUUCAAUACACCAACACCUCUUGAUAUGGACAUUGGAUCACAAACUCUGUCAAAUCAAUAGACUGAUUAUUAUUUUAUGAUGCAAUAGAUCUCAGAGAAACCCUGAUUAACGUUUGAAGUCUUAAUGAAAAAUAUGAAUCAAACUUGUCAAAGUAUACCAGACAGAAAAACUCAACUGAAAACUGUUUUGAUUCCUUGUAUGGUGUCUUAAAAGAGAGACUCCAGCGUCUUAAAACUGUGGGGAAUCGAGGAAGAGAAACCAGUAUUUAUCAUAUUGGGACUGAAAUGAAAGAGGGCGAACCACAGAAAAAGCAAUAGCCUACACGUUUGCCGCUCCUGCAGGCUCUGUCGACGGAUCCGACUGUGAUGAUGGAGGGGCACAUGAUAUAGCCUUUCUUCCCCGUUAACGAAAAUGCAACCUUUUGAAUAUUGCAAGUCUAGUUUCCAUCCCUUUUAGUAACCCUGCAUGCAGGACAUGUAUGGUACCCCAAACCUCCAAUCCUCUCACCCCUAUAUGUUAUGGAAAGCAUGGCCCAUGGUUCUUUCCUCUUCUCUUGCUACUCCUCUCUCAUCGCUCUCUACAGUAAGGCCUGGGUAUGCAAAAACACAACUUUAUCCCCCUAUAACCCUGAGAGAUGUAAUAAAGAAUGCAGAAUAACCUGCGACCAGAACUAGUAAUCUGCUAUUACAAAAUGGAUGCGUUUUACCCGCUAUUUUCAAUCGAUUUUUCUAUUGUUUUAAAUUAAAAGAAAAACGAAACAAAAAGAGAUUAUUAACUGAGCCAGAUUUGAGACUAUUUAUUCCCACGUGUAUAUGUGUAUAGAACAGUUAUUGUGUUACCUUUUAAAACUUUUGUUGCUUGAUGAUGAUGAUUCAGAACGUCUUAAUGCCAUGUUUUAGGACUAUCUUACAGCAUGCAAAUAGUCUACGAUAACUUCCUACUUCUACUAGACAUGUAUGAUGUAAACAAGAAGUCUAACUGUACUAAGAUGAGAAACAUUUGGGAUUUUUUAUAUUGAUAGGACCUUUGUUGCGUAUUACUGUUAUGAUAAUAAGGUGAAUAGAAACAUUCGAUGAGGUGAUUUACUUAAUGUAGCAACAAAUAUAAGGACUGCAUUCGCUGCUAAAACUCUAUGCACCAACCUAACUAAACUCUUAAUAAAUUGAUUUUCUACUUUUUAAAAAGUGUACAAUUUGAGGUAUAAGAACAAUAAAGGUGAUCUAAUGGCUUGUGAAUAAUAAUUAAAUAAUUCCGCAGUCCGGUGUCUUAUAGCUCAAUAUAGCCUAUUCUGUUUUAUCUGAUGUGUAGAAAGAUGCCUGGUGGAUGCUUGGAUUGUCAAUGAUUAUCUUUUUCUCUGAGGGUAUGAUUAAGUCAAAAAUUAUUCUGUCAACAAGAAAUCCCUGGUUCAUGUGUGACCUGCUGCCUAGAUAUAUGAUGUGCAAUAUUGUGCAGAAGUACUGAACCACCUUGCCAAUGCCAGUUAGUGCAAGGCUGAUGGCGACAUAUGCAGGAAUACAGCUAGGUUGACAAGACAAGGAGAAUUAUGAGAGGUGUUUGCAAAUCGGAUCAAAAUGGAGUGGGAGAGAGAUGUUUUCUACCUCCCAAGAUACUGUUUAGUUUAAAAUAUAUAUAUAUAUAUAUAUAUAUAUCCUUGUGAUGUAAAAUCAAUUAGUCUUAACUUUCAACGAAAUAAUUUAUUUUUGUGCUUUUUCUGGUUUGACAAAUUUAGUCAUGUUUUAGGGGAAAAAAUCAAUAUGGAUCAAUUAUCUUUCAAUCAAUUCAUUAAUUACUCAAUCCGUCAAUAUAGAGCAGAGUUAUGUUGUUGGCCACCGAGAUUGAACCUGUAUUUAUGGUCUUGAAGUUAGUUAGAAUUUUUAGAAUUCCAAAGUGACGUAAACACUCUGGCAUCCCGGCAACAUGGCGAAGUAUCUUCUGCACAGUGCUGUCAAUGUAUAGCCUACCUGUAUAGCCUAUAUGAUUUCUAUAUAUUUUUUCGAGAAACAUUUAAAUGUCCGAACGUGUCAAUAACUCAAGGCAAUUAAAUGUUUCAAGAUGGAAUGUUAUUGAGAAUCUUGCUUUCAUAAUGUUUAAUAAAAAGUUAUGUCCAAAAUC